GGCACGGCAGGCACCCGAACUCGGGAACCGAAAGCUCGGAAUAUAAAGGCAAUAAUGACCGAGAAUCACGUUCCGACCGUUGGCGUCAUGUGCAUUGAUAUUGCCACCAAGUUGCAAGAGCAUUUUGGAAAGAACUAUCACAGCUAUAUAGCUGCGUCGUACGUCAAAUAUUUGGAGGCAUCGGGCGCUCACAUAGUGCCUGUUUGGAUAGGCCGUAGUCGUGCCUAUUAUGAACAGAUAGUAAACCAGUUGAAUGGCAUCCUUUUGCCAGGAGGAGCCGUCUUCAUCGACGCCGCUGACAUGAAGAAUCAUCCCAAUCUCACCAACGAUUGUGUGGCAAGUGCAGAAAUCAUAUACCAACUGGUCUCAGAGCGAAACCAGCUGGCAAGGAGACAGAACGACGCCGGCGGCUACUUCCCCCUCUGGGGCACCUGUCUGGGCUUCCAGCUCAUCCUAAUCCACGCCUGCCAGAUGCAAAAGGUGCGCACCGACUGUGCUAACAUGCAAACGGCGAUGCCAGUGCACUUGUCAAAGGAUUACAAGAACUCGCAGCUAUUUGGAAAACUUCCGGAUAUCAUGGCGGAGAAAAUGGGAAAGGAGCCAUGUUCCUGCCACCACCAUCACUACUGCAUCACGAAGGAGAGCCUGGAGUCCUGCAAUUUGAGCAACAACUGGCACCCACUGGCCACCCAAAAAGAUCCAACCGGGCUGGAAUUUAUUACCGUCUUGGAACACCGACGAUUUCCCAUCUUUGGCUGCCAGUUUCAUCCAGAGCGGGCUGCCUUCGAGCAGCUGUUUGCCUCCGAGGAUCUCUGCCAAUUGGGACAUUCCCAGUUGGCCAUUGACUUGGCCCAGGUCCUGGGCACCCAGUUUGUAAAGGCCUGUCGCCGGAACAGAAACCGAUUUUCCAGCGGGCUGGAAAAGGCCAGGCAUCUCAUUUGGAACUGGCAGCCUGUGUUCUGUGGCCACUUGAAGGACUCCCACUGGCUGCAGUGCUACAUAUUCGAAAAGGUCGUGGACUAUCCGAAAGGACUUGGCUCAAUAGGAAAGGAUUUCUGUGAUUAA